GAAGAAGAGACACAAAGACAUCGGUUCGCUCAGAAAAAGACACCAAGUAACCACUAACCACUAACCAACACCUCUUCUCUUCUCUUCCUUCUUUCUUUGCCUUCACUACUCUCUUUGCUUUUUCUACACAAAUCUCGUUUCAGAUCACCAACCCUAAACAUUUCAACACUACUUCUCUCUCUCUCUCUCUCUCUCUUUCUGUGCAGUUCCAAUUUCAAUUUCAAAGCGAAAGCGUCGCAAUCCAAAAACCUCUCUGUAACUCUUACUGUUUCUACUGCGAUUAGUCUCGUAAGUUUAAUUCGCGUGUUCUUCGUCUCUGAUCCACAUUUUCCAAAUUUUAGGGCAUGUCCACUUCCAAAGUCAUGAGUACGGAGAUUUUGGAGAUUCAACCCCAGGAACUCAAAUUUACAUUUGAGGUGAAGAAACAAAGUUCAUGCUCGAUUCGACUGGGCAAUAACUCUGAUCAGUAUGUUGCUUUUAAGGUCAAAACGACAUCUCCGAAGAAGUAUUGUGUGCGGCCAAAUACAGGUGUUAUUAAGCCAAAAAUGACAUGUGAUUUUACAGUUACCAUGCAAGCUCAGCGUGCAGCUCCACCUGAUAUGCAAUGCAAGGACAAGUUCCUGAUUCAGAGCACUGUUAUUCCCUUUGGGUCAACUGAGGAGGAUAUUACUUCUGACAUGUUUGCAAAAGAUAGUGGCAAAUACAUUGUAGAGAAGAAGCUUAGGGUGAUCCUAACUGCUCCACCUCCUUCCCCAAUACUGCUACCAAUUAAUGGAGUAUUGAAGCAAGAUCCAUCUUGUGAAGCUUCAAUGCAAAAAGACAUAGUACGGAGUGGAGUUGAAAACAUACCUCCACCUCAGAGAGUCGAUGAGGAUGUUAAGGGGAUUGAAACUGCGGAGGAUAUGGAUGAGUUAAGAGCAGUUGAUUUUGUGGACUCUAGACCUGUUUACAAUGUGGAGGAAUUGAAAGUGGAGAAGAAUGAUGUUGAGCUGAAUUUAGCCAAGGAUUUUGAGGAUUUGAAAUUGAAGCUAAAUGUGAUGGAUUCAACGCUAAGAGAGGCUGAAUUUACAAUCAUGAAGCUGACAGAAGAGAGGCGCAUGACCAAUCUAGAGAAGGAUAGACUAAAGCAUGAAUUGGCUUCUAUGCAGGAGAUGUUGAGGAAGAACAGUGUGAAACGAACUCAAGUGGGCUUCCCCCUACUGUAUGUCUGUAUGGUUGCUCUUGUCAGCGUGGCACUUGGAUACCUUAUGCAUCUAUAGAGGCGUUCUGUGGCCCUGGCAUUGGACAUUCUGAGAAGGAACGCGGGUCUUUAGUAUACAGAAGAGGAUCCGAUUUUAUGUAAUUAAAAUGGUCUGACACCAAAAAUACUGUUUUGGUACUUAACAUGUGAUAUAGUAAGCCUCUAUGAGUUGUGCAUAAAAACAGAAGAGAUAAGUAAUAGAAAUAUCGGAAAUUUUCUUGU